AUGAUGUUGGAUUACGAUAUUGCUGUCGCGGAAGCUCUAUUGACGGAUACAUAUUGCUCGAAUAAUAACGGAAGCUUCGAUUUUGGCAAGUGUGGCCAGUAUGUGGAUAAGAUCAAGCCAGUCUUAGGUCCCAGUUUGGAAGGCAGGGUCCACUGGGUUUUGAAGGAAUUCAUAUGUAAACAGCAUUCUCAGUAUUCAAAAUGUUUUCCUUGGGUAAAAAAGUGGAUGGAGACGAGCGCUGCAUGGGCUGACUGUAUGGACGCGUUUUUGACCAAGGACACCCCCGUGGGGGAAGAAAUGAUUAAAUACGCGAUCAACUACGUAGCCAAAGGCGGCCUGGUGACACAGUUCGUGGAUUCUCGUGGUUCGAAUAACAAGGCGAACAAAACGCGCCAGGAACUCGAUUCCUUUCCUCAAGAUCAGAGUAUCGUGAAAAGUAUGAACGUCUGGAGGUAUAUUAACGAAAAGGAUUAUUGGCUGCGGACUUGCGCAAACACUGCAUCAGUCAACGUAAUUUUCGAAACGUCGCCAAGAAACUCUCAUUUAAAGGAUACUUGUAACAGCGACUUAGAAGUAGAAGUCGGCUCUUGUUCAAAGAAAACCUGCGAAAGACACCGAGGAUUUCCACGAAAUCAACAAAAUCGAUUACACAACAGCAAAUCAAGUUCCCGAGAGAACAUGUCAGAUUGUUCCUGCAAUAUCGACGACAAUAUGAAGAGGAAACACAAGAAGAAUUCUCUUAAUACGAUUCCACAGAACCGUGAUUAUACAGUUCGACGAAAACAGUCGAAAUUAAAAACAUUCAUUUAUCAAAACAGAAACGUUAACGAUUCAACUAUGAGUCCCAUAAAAGUGACCAAUAUAUCUAUACCCUGCAGACCCAGUCAGCUGAUCGUUCGGAUAUUCGAGGCCGAUCCAUCGUUGUCGGACUCCUGUCUAAUCCUAAUGAAAAGAAAAUUCGAAAAUGGAAUUCGUAACGUGUGUUCCUGUCUGAACGAGAUCCUAAAGAAGCUCGCUAGCACGGAGGUGAAAGAUUUGCGUCUGGUGUGCGAGAUUCGACCGGGUUAUAUCGAUUUGAACCUUCGCCGCCCAAGAACAUCUAAGCCUCGAUUAUUCUUGGCUCGUUUACCGACCUGUCGCAGCCAUCCGAAACGCGAACCGCGUUGCAAACACACGAACAGCUGCGAAGAUUCGAGUUCUCGAUGUGGUGAGUUUCAAUAUCACAGGAAUUCUGUUUCCGUCGAUUGCUGUACCAACGGCAGCGAGAAACACGAAAAAUUCGACAAGGGAGCGCGUAGCUUCGUUUUUCGUACGCCUCGCUCGAAUUACAGUUCCACGAAUGAGAAAGAUUGCACUUCGAGCCAGGACGAAGAAAUCAAUGCACGCAUCAAGAGAAAGGUCUUUAGCAAAGAGGCGAAUUUGGUGUGGACCAGGAAGCCGGAAAAAGAAGUUUCCUUUAAAUUGAUUGAUGCCCGAAAAGUCGAAGAAUCGUCUACCGAUGAUAACAGCGAAAUAUGUAGAUUGGAUGUAACAUGUUGCGGUAAUGUUAAUAGUUUGAGUUUUGAUAAAAAGGAAGAUAGAGAAUCUGAGGAUAAUUGUAUCGAACAACCAACUGAAACGAUGAUUAAACAAGAAACGCGUAGCAACGAGUCUACCGCAGGAAAGAUAGAAAAUAAUGCAGAAUCAUCCGAUUCAAAUUCCAGUCGUUACUCCGAUAGUUUGAAAGAGGACGAGCGAAAGAUUCCGAGAGAAAAUUGCUCAAACACGGGAAUCUGCAAUCCGCAGCAAUGCCUUUGUCACGUUCUUAAUACAAAGAAUAAUGCUAACACAGAGGAAACCGUUGAACGUUUAAAUUAUCCGAAACCCCAAAGUAUCGGGGGAAAAGAUCCAGAGAAAAGCAGCGUCGAAUCGUAUUGCUCGCAGAAGGGUCCAUCGAGAACGAAGGAGUCCGUAUCGCAAGUGCUGAACGCCGCCGUGAAAGCGGAAAGUAGCGUUCAGCGGAACGAAGACGGCGUCAUCCAGACGGAGGAAAGUAAUUUGCCGAUAAAACAAAGUAUUUCGGAACCGAAGAAACGAGAUACGGUAGCAGAGCGCAGCGCGGAGGUCGCUGAAAAAUACAGCGCCGAUUCUAUUUGCUCGCUGAAUUCCAAUUAUACCGAAGCGAGCUGUGGCACUAAGUGUUCUUGCUGCGGCGAGGAUCUCACGGACGCGGAGAGAAUCGAGAUCGAGUCCGAAAACUUCACCAUUUCCAUUGAAUCCAAGGUAACUGCCGCUAAAGAACCCUCAAACGGAGCCGUAGCGAAUAACAGAAAGUCAAUCGAAUCUUUGAAACCUAAGGCAAAAGGCGCUAAGGAGAACAAAAUAUUCUUCGCGCAGGGUCCAUUUAGCAAUACUUCGCCAUUGAACGAUUUUGCUGGUCAACGGUCGAAGUACAAAACGAUGGAUGGUAAAAAUGUGGCUAAAACAUCGUCGAUUGAGGAUAGACCUACCAGAGUGGUAGAAACACGCAAUCCUUCUAUUGCUCGAUCAUCGAACUGUAACGCGAUGCCGGAUUCCAAUAAUAUAGGUAGAGGAUUGCCGACUGUUUCGAACGGUCCAAGCAAUAUUUCCCGAGCUUGCGCGGAGAUUUGCGAAAACGGACGGAGUCUGGCUGCCGGGAGGACAAGCACAGAGCAAUUUUCUUGUCGAUCAAACGUUUCGACGAAUCUGUAUAGCCCCGAGGAUGGUUUGCGUGUUAGACGUCGUGAAAGGCGCAUGAGACCUGGAUCACUGUAUUGCCGAUCGUCAGCGAGAACCAGAUUGCGCGGGAAAUCGAUGCGUUCCACGAUCCGAGCGCCUUCAUAUUCCACGCAGGAUCUUCGGGAAAUUGAUUGCGCGAGAGAAUCGCGGCGCGACGUGAAAGUGCGAAAUUAUACAAGAUGUUCUCGGAGGAAUCGCUUCCGCAGCGCCGCUUCCGGUUAUCUCUGCGGCUCAUUCCCAGCAGCGUCCAUCGAUCGAUUGAAGUACUUGAUCCGCAGGAAACUUCGCAGACUACUGCUGGAGCAACGUGACAGAGGGACCAGCACGUCGAAGACGUUCCUCAGGAGCGAGAGAUACUUCGUCAGCAUCUCGAGUGGGAAACUGAGUGAGGGACAUGUGAUUCGUAACACCUGUUCCGUUGAUCGUUUAAACCGAUACGUUGCAAAAGAGCAAGAUGGAGAGACUAGGAAGAAGAAGAAGACUAGAAGCAAUGUUUGGGGUAGUAAGAAAGAUACCUUGGAACGUGUUGUUAAGAAGAGAGACAUCCGGAGUAUGUUUCGAGGGGAUUUAUUCGAGAAAUUCAGGAUUGCUAAGGUUUCGAAGGUUUUGAGUCCGAAGCGUGUUACAAAAUUAAUGGACACGUAUAAUUUAACUGGUAGGAGGGAGAAUGGUGGGAGAAGGAAUUUGGAAACGAAGAGCGUAGGAACUGCUUAUAGUUCUACGAAUAUGUUUUUCGCCGAGGACAGCUCAUUUCAGCGUUUAAGAAAUCCGAAUAAGAAACACCUGGCAGAAGAGUACUCAUACCUCGACAAAGUAUUUCGCGAAAAGAGGCAGAAUUUACGUUCCAAACGAGACUUAAAGAAAUGUCGAGAAAAUUGUUGCAAGUGCGGUUCUUCCACAGAUACUUACGACGAAAUUAAGAACGAGAAACUCCCUUAUAAUAAUUCGUUUCGGAGAACAGAGAACGCGUUGAACCUCAACGACUUGAAGUUACUUAGAAGGCAUUUUCAAUCUAGAGCAGAUCACGAUGAGGAUUUUGCUAUUUUCUGUCGCGACUAUGAAAAAUACGUGAACUAUAUUUACGUUGAUUUUAAAUUAAGAUUGUUGCAAUAUGUUGCACUCUGUAGGCACGUGAAAAAUACAUUAAUCAAGAGGUUACGAUCGGAUGACGUUCCUGAAGUCAGGUCGAGCUCAACGUAG